GUGGUCUACCACUUUUCUUUGUCAUCACUGUGACUGCAAUUAAACAGGGCUAUGAAGAUUGGUUAAGGCACAAAGCUGACAAUGCAAUGAACCAAUAUUCUGUCCAUGUCAUCCAGCACGGCAAACUUGUCCGAAAGCAAAGCCAGAAACUAAGAGUUGGAGACAUUGUAAUGGUGAAAGAAGAUGAAGUUUUUCCAUGUGAUAUGAUCUUGCUUUCCUCAAGUAGAGAAGAUGGGACAUGUUUUGUUACAACAGCAAGUUUGGAUGGAGAAUCCAGCCACAAAACAUAUUAUUCUGUUCAAGAUACAAAAGCGUUUCACCAUGAGCAAGAUAUGGACACUCUGCAUGCAACCAUCGAAUGUGAACAACCUCAGCCUGAUCUUUACAAGUUUGUUGGUCGAAUAAAUAUUUAUAGUGGAACAGAAGACACUAUUGCCAGG